AUGAUACUGGACAUCUCAUUGACGGGUGGGUAUAUACGUUGUCUCGUGUUAUAUUUUCCGCGACUAAUUUUUUUUCGUCUUUCAUUGGCUAGAAUGGUGGCGGUCAAUUGGAGUUUGAAUUGUCCUUGGGUGCGUGCUGUCGGGUGCUGUAUUUGCGUGGUUGUGUUUGCGUCGUUUGCCAGCAUAUGUGAUUACUGUAAACGUGUAUUAAACUAUUGUAACGCUUUGUUUUUCUUUGUUUGUGCAUGUACUAGGCAUUAUUUGUCGUACAAUUCGUUGUUUGGUCUAUUGGUUGCUUGCGAUGUCAACGAACCGGUAGUCAAUUCGAGUGACAGGAGCACAGAUUUAAGUGGAAUUUUUGCUGAAUACAUACUUGGAAAGCGUUUCUUCAGCUGGGAUGAAUUUGAGAAGUCAUUAGCAGAAUUUCAAAAAUUAUCCUACACUCACUAUGUUCAUAAUUGCAGCAAAACGAUACCGGAUGCCAGGUUUAAGUACGCUUAUGUUGGUUUUAAAUGCACUUUUGGAGUGAAUCGUACAAGACCUGGAUUGAAAUUGAAAAACAAGUCGUCUAAAUGUUGCAAUUGCUCGUCUUCAUUUCGCGUGGUUUUGCAUUAUAGUGAAUACAUAAUUGCUUCCCACAAUAUGGUGCAUAACCAUCCAUGCAGCAGGGUGUACAUGCAGAAUGACCCAUGGUAUAGACGACUAACAGUUGAAGAGAAAGAAAAUAUUGAACCACUUCUUCAGCAAUCCCACUCAUCCGAUGAAAUAAUAAUGCAUGUUAAGGAGAAGUACAACAAGGAUAUAACUCGCAUUGACGUUAAAAAUAUGAAAGCCGCAGUGAAUAAAGGUAUUUCGAGUCGUCGUGACAUUUUUGAAUUCCUAAAAUCCCGUGGGAAGUUAAUGGAGUAUUAUUCCGAUGAACCGAUCAGGAAUUCACUAACAAGAAUUUGUUUUGCAACUUAUGAGCAAAUGGAAUUGUAUAAACAGUUCCCUGAAGUUGUUGGUAUCGACUCGACGUAUAAUACGAAUAAGGGGAAGUAUUCUUUGUUCCAGCUACUUGUGACGGAUAAUUUUGGUCGUGGACGACCAGUUUUAUUUGCGUGGACUAGAAAAGAAUUCAAACGAGAUGUAGUUUGGAUAUUAGACUGUUUCCGGCAAAUAAUGGAAGACACCUCGAAAACAGAAUCCUUCAUUAUGGAUUGUGCGCAAGCUGAAAUAGCAGCCGUCAAGUUAACGCACAGACAAGCGCACAUUGUUUUGUGUUCUUUUCAUGUUUGCCGAGCUUUCUGUCGGAAAACAAGAAAUCCCAUUGUGAAGAACUACUUAUGCCGUCUAGUGCAGUGUAAAAGGAGAUCAGAAGUUAUUAGCAGAUUGGAUGCUAAUGUCAGUCAAUACCUACAACGUCGUUGGAUGCAUCGACGAGAAUUGUGGGCGGCCUGUUUCAGAGAUAACGUGCUGACUUUUGGGAACGAUACAAAUAAUCGUGUCGAGAGUUCCCACAAGCAGAUGAAACGGUUUUUGCAAAGAUCUGAUAGUCUGCAUAAAAGUAUGCUAAAGGUGUAUAAAUGGCAUAAACGAAGUUUUUCAAUAAUACAGCAGGAGGCGAAUAUUGCUCAAUCACGAUGCUUCACGUAUCCCUGUUCACAAAGUUUAAUCCCAAUUAUACGGUUGCUUACACCAUACGCCGCGAGGAAGGUAAUACGUGAAUACCAAUUGCGACGAUGGGCUACUGUUGAGUUCGAAUCCGUUGAUUAUGUAUUUUUCAAAGAAAAUGGGAAUACAGUGCAGGUUGAUCUGAGUGCUUGCACCUGCACGUGCUUUACAUUUCAGACCUGUCGGUACCCCUGCCGACACUUGCUUUUGGUCCACUUAAGAAAGCCGUAUUUCACAG